AUGUACUUUAUAGUUUAUCAGUUGACGAACAUCUUCCCAGUCCAAGAAUUUUUCGAAAAAAAGGACUUCGUGCCGGAUCGAUCUACAUGGUUGAAAGCUAUAUCUGAUCUGCUGCCACAGCAGAUGAUUAAGAGUCAGCUGGCCUUAGCAGCGAUACUGCACGAGUACGAGCCUGCAAAUCUACCAGGUAUCGUUUUUACCUUGGCUCAUAGAGUAAUAAAAUCGGAAACUCUGAGACAAGCACGUUGCCGACAGCAGAAUUUGAUUACUCAACCGCAUGUCUGA